CUGGCCUCCGUCACCAGCGCCGGACGGCGGGCGGCGGUGCGCGUGUGUGUCAGACCGUGGUCAGAGGGUAGCAGCCUCCACUUGGACCUGGAGAGGACACCCGUUGUCUGUUCGGCGGAGAGCCGGACGACUGGCUGCAGGCUGCGGCCGUGACCCAGAGAGUGUACCGGCCACCGUGGCCCAGAGGGCCGAGUGACGUUCGGUCCGUGCCCGUGAGCCAGGGAGGGCCGGCGCAGGCCCGUUUAGCGGCUGCUUCGACGCUGUCUUAGUGCCGGCGAGCCGGGCGAGCGAGGCGGGAGGAGCACGGCGCGCUACCCUGGCUCGCCGCCCCGGCUGGCGGGCGGCAUGUUUCCCGUUAUCACCAUGGAGGAGGAGAUCGGCAUCGGGUUGGUGGGGUUCGGCGUGGCCUUCCUCUUCCUGGGCGUGCUGUUCUUGUUCGACAAGGGCCUGCUGGCCAUCGGGAACAUCCUCUUCCUGUCGGGCCUGGCGUUCGUGAUCGGCCUGGAGCGCACGUUCCGAUUCUUCUUCCAGUCGCACAAGGUGCGCGGCUCGGCGUCCUUCUUCGGCGGCAUCCUCAUCGUGCUCCUCGGCUGGCCGCUGGUCGGCAUGCUCGUCGAGGUCUACGGCUUCGUCGUUCUUUUCAGCGGAUUCUUCCCUGUCGUCAUAAACUUUUUAAGACGGAUUCCAGUCAUAGGGUCAUUUCUGAAUCUCCCCUUCAUUGGUCCAUUCCUGGACAGAGUGUCGGGCGACCCGUCGCGGACAAUGGUGUGAGCCGAACGGUGCCGUGCUGCCACCUGCGGGCAGGCCGCGGCAACGCUAGUUCUUCGAAUUAUCGCCGAACGAAGGGGCGUUACGUUUAUGUGUGGUGAAGCCAUCCUGUGUGUGGGGUGUGUUUUGCCCCACAUGUGUGGCGUGCGUACGUCGGUAGCGGGCGGAUCCG